UUGGGAUUGUUCGCCUCUGCGGAUACGGCAUAUGUGUUGGCCUAUUCUAUCAUUAUGCUAACAACCGAUUUGCAUAGUCCUCAAGUUCGAAAUAAGAUGACAAAAGAGCAAUACAUAGCAAUGAAUCGUGGUAUCAACGACCAAAGUGAUCUACCGCAACAGUAUUUGUCGGAUAUUUACGACGAAAUUGCUGGCAAUGAAAUUAAGAUGAAGGCUGGCCAUAACAAACUACCAAAACACAAUGCAUCGGCAACAACUGAACGUCAACGAAAGUUGCUGCAAAACGUUGAGUUGGCGCAGAUGGCGAACACCGCCCGAGCGCUCAUGGAAGCUGCUUCACACUACGAAGCUGCCUUCACAUCUGCGUCGCAUUACGAACAUGUUCGACCAAUGUUCAAGGUUUACAAUCAGUCUCUUUGA